AUGAACCAUAAUAUUAAUUUAUUGAAGAAUGGCAACAGAACUGGUGUGGACCACAGCUCCCAGGAUUCCACAGGAGAGGCCAAAGUCCCAGGUGCGUCAUCCCUGCCGGAGCUGGGUGGCUCCUGUGUUCGUCCUGUGACCCCCCUGAUGCCUGUGAUUCAUGUGACGGAGCUUCCACAGAUACAGAACGUCGUCUCUUCAGUGAAACUGUGCUGUCGUCUGGACCUGAACUUCAUCGCCCAAAAUGCCUGGAACGUAGAGUACAACCCAAAGAACUACAAGGCGCUCGUCAUGAGGAUCCGUGAGCCGCGAACGACAGCGGUGAUCUACAAAUCUGGAAAUAUUGUCUGUACAGGAGCGAAGAGUGAGGAUCAGUCCCAGGUGGCAACCAGGAGGUUUGCUCGCAAAGUGCAGAAGCUGGGCUUUCCCGUCUCCUUCCUGGACUUCAAGGUCCAGAACGUGGUGGCCAGUUGCAGCAUCUUCCCAGUCAGUUUGGAGCAACUGAUGCUGGUGCACCAUCAACACUGCAGUUAUGAACCAGAACUGUUUCCUGGCCUCUUCUACUACGUGAUGCCUGGUAUCACCGUGACCAUCUUUGCCUCUGGGAAGAUGGCAUUUACCGGAGCCAAAACAGUAGCUGACAUCUACAGAGCGUUUGAAACCAUCUAUCCCGUCCUGAGUCGCUUCAGGAGGCCGUGAGGAUGGACACACUGAACUCUGACAGGAGCCCCAGUUCACUUUAAAUCAAUACAAAUAAUAUAUAAAUACAAUUUCAA